CCUCCGGGCAGCGCUCGCCUCCCUCCGCCUCAGACUGUUUUGGUAGCAACGGCAACGGCGGCGGCGCGGCCCGGCCCGGCUCCCGGCGGCUCCUCGGUUUCGGCGGGCCUCCCCGCCCCUUCGUCGUCGUCCUUCUCCCCUUCGCCGGCCCGGUCGCCCCCCCGGCCGCGCCAGCUCGCGCCUCCCCGCUCGGCGCCCGCGCGUCCCCGCCGCGCUCCGGCGUCUCCUCGGCGCGCCCGGCUCCCGGCUGUCCCCGCCCGGCGUGCGGGCCGGUGUAUGGGCCCCUCACCAUGUCGCUGAAGCCCCAGCAGCAGCAGCAGCAGCAGCCUGCGGCCGCCAAUGCCCGCAAGCCCAGCGGCGGCCUUCUCACGUCGCCCGCCGCCGCGCCGCCGCCGUCCUCGUCCUCAGUCUCGUCGUCCUCGGCCGUGGCUUCCUCCUCCUCCUCCUCCUCCUCCUCCUCCGCGGCGGCGGCGGCGGCGGCGGCGGCGGCGAGCGCAGGCGGCGGCCGGCCCGGCCUGGGCAGAGGUCGAAACAGUAGCAAAGGCCUGCCUCAGUCUACGAUUUCUUUUGAUGGAAUCUAUGCAAAUAUGAGGAUGGUUCAUAUACUUACAUCAGUUGUUGGAUCCAAAUGUGAAGUACAAGUGAAAAACGGAGGUAUAUAUGAAGGAGUUUUUAAAACAUACAGUCCUAAGUGUGAUUUAGUGCUUGAUGCUGCACAUGAGAAAAGUACAGAAUCCAGUUCAGGGCCAAAACGUGAAGAAAUAAUGGAGAGUAUUUUGUUCAAGUGUUCAGACUUUGUUGUGGUACAAUUUAAAGAUAUGGACUCCAGUUAUGCAAGAAGAGAUGCUUUUACUGACUCUGCUAUCACUGCUAAAGUGAAUGGUGAACACAAGGAGAAGGACCUGGAGCCCUGGGAUGCGGGUGAACUCACUACCAACGAGGAACUGGAGGCUUUGGAAAAUGAUGUCUCUAAUGGAUGGGAUCCCAAUGAUAUGUUUCGGUAUAAUGAAGAAAAUUAUGGUGUAGUGUCUACAUAUGAUAGCAGUUUAUCAUCAUAUACGGUGCCCUUAGAAAGGGAUAACUCAGAAGAAUUUUUAAAACGAGAAGCAAGGGCAAACCAGUUAGCAGAAGAAAUUGAAUCAAGUGCCCAGUACAAAGCCCGAGUGGCCCUGGAAAAUGAUGAUAGGAGCGAAGAAGAAAAAUACACAGCAGUUCAGAGAAAUUCCAGUGAACGUGAGGGCCACAGCAUAAACACUAGGGAAAAUAAAUAUAUUCCUCCUGGACAAAGAAAUAGAGAAGUCAUAUCCUGGGGAAGUGGGAGACAGAAUUCACCGCGUAUGGGCCAGCCUGGAUCGGGCUCCAUGCCAUCAAGAUCCACCUCUCACACUUCAGAUUUCAACCCGAAUUCUGGUUCAGACCAAAGAGUAGUUAAUGGAGGUGUUCCCUGGCCAUCGCCUUGCCCAUCUCCUUCCUCUCGCCCACCUUCUCGCUACCAGUCAGGUCCCAACUCUCUUCCACCUCGGGCAGCCACCCCUACACGGCCGCCCUCCAGGCCCCCCUCGCGGCCAUCCAGACCCCCGUCUCACCCCUCUGCUCAUGGUUCUCCAGCUCCUGUCUCUACUAUGCCUAAACGCAUGUCUUCAGAAGGGCCUCCAAGGAUGUCCCCAAAGGCCCAGCGACACCCUAGAAAUCACAGAGUUUCUGCUGGGAGGGGUUCCAUUUCCAGUGGCCUAGAAUUUGUAUCCCACACCCCACCAAGUGAAGCCGCUGCUCCUCCAGCAGCAAGGACCAGUCCUGCGGGAGGCACGUGGUCAUCAGUGGUCAGCGGGGUUCCAAGAUUAUCCCCUAAAACUCACAGACCCAGGUCUCCCAGACAGAACAGUAUUGGAAAUACUCCUAGUGGGCCAGUUCUUGCUUCUCCCCAGGCUGGCAUUAUUCCAGCUGAAGCUGUUGCCAUGCCUAUUCCUGCUGCAUCUCCUACACCUGCCAGUCCUGCAUCCAACAGAGCUGUUACCCCAUCUAUUGAGGCUAAGGAUUCCAGGCUUCAAGAUCAGAGGCAGAACUCUCCUGCAGGGAAUAAAGAAAAUAUGAAGCCCAGUGAGACAUCACCUAGCUUCUCAAAAGCUGAAAAUAAAGGUAUAUCACCAGUUGUUUCUGAACAUAGAAAACAGAUUGAUGAUUUAAAGAAAUUUAAGAAUGAUUUUAGGUUACAACCAAGUUCUACUUCUGAAUCUAUGGAUCAACUGCUAAACAAAAAUAGAGAGGGAGAAAAAUCGAGAGAUUUGAUCAAGGACAAAAUUGAACCAAAUGCUAAGGAUUCUUUGAUUGAAAAUAGCGGCAGCAGCAAGCCCAGCAGCCCCAGCGUGUCCCCUUCCCUCCUCAGCGAUGCGGAGCACAGGAGGGGCCCUGAGGUCACAUCCCAGGGCGUUCAGACUUCCAGCCCUGCGGGUAAACAGGAGAAGGAUGAUAAAGAGGAGAAGAAAGAUGCAGCUGAGCAAGUGAGGAAAUCAACAUUGAAUCCCAAUGCAAAGGAGUUCAACCCUCGUUCCUUUUCUCAGCCAAAGCCUUCUACCACCCCGACUUCACCUCGUCCUCAAGCACAACCCAGCCCGUCUAUGGUGGGCCAUCAGCAGCCAACGCCAGUCUAUACUCAGCCUGUUUGUUUUGCACCAAAUAUGAUGUAUCCAGUCCCAGUGAGCCCAGGCGUGCAACCUUUAUACCCUAUACCUAUGACGCCCAUGCCUGUGAAUCAAGCCAAGACAUAUAGAGCAGGUAAAGUACCAAAUAUGCCCCAACAGCGGCAAGACCAGCAUCAUCAGAGCACCAUGAUGCACCCAGCCUCAGCAGCAGGCCCACCAAUUGUGGCCACCCCACCAGCUUAUUCCACACAAUACGUUGCCUACAGUCCUCAGCAGUUUCCAAAUCAGCCUCUUGUUCAGCAUGUGCCACAUUAUCAAUCUCAGCAUCCUCAUGUCUAUAGUCCUGUAAUACAGGGUAAUGCUAGAAUGAUGGCACCACCAGCACAUGCCCAGCCUGGUUUAGUAUCUUCUUCUGCAACUCAGUACGGGGCUCAUGAGCAGACGCAUGCGAUGUAUGCAUGUCCCAAAUUACCAUACAACAAGGAGACAAGCCCUUCUUUCUACUUUGCCAUUUCCACUGGCUCCCUUGCUCAGCAGUAUGCACACCCUAAUGCUACCCUACACCCACAUACUCCACAUCCUCAGCCUUCAGCUACCCCCACCGGACAGCAGCAAAGCCAACAUGGUGGGAGCCAUCCUGCACCCAGUCCUGUUCAGCACCAUCAGCACCAGGCUGCCCAGGCUCUCCAUCUGGCCAGUCCACAGCAGCAGUCAGCCAUUUACCACGCGGGGCUCGCACCAACCCCACCUUCCAUGACACCUGCCUCCAAUACGCAAUCGCCACAAAAUAGUUUCCCAACAGCACAACAGACCGUCUUUACGAUUCAUCCUUCUCAUGUUCAGCCGGCAUACACCAAUCCACCCCACAUGGCCCAUGUACCUCAGUACAAGCCCAUCACCAACAGCAGUUGUAAGGCUGCCCUGGAGGAACCGAAAGGCCAAAUUCCCUCCUCCCUUCUACUGCUUCUACCAACUGGAAGCACAGAAAACUAGAAUUCAUUUAUUUUGUUUUUAAAAAAAUAUAUGUUGAUUUCUUGUAACAUCCAAUAGGAAUGCUAACAGUUCACUUGCAGUGGAAGAUAUUUGGACCGAGUAGAGGCAUUUAGGAACUUGUGGGCUGUUCCAUAAUUCCAUACGCUGUUGCAGAGUCCCGCAAGUACCCCAGCUCUGCUUGCCGAAACUGGAAGUUAUUUAUUUUUUAACGACCCUCGAAAGUCAUGAACACAUCGGCUAGCAAAAGAAGUAACAAGAGUGAUUCUUGCUGCUAUUACCGCUUAAAAAAAAAAUCAAGACUUGGAACGCCCUUUUACUAAACUUGACAAAGGUUCAGUAAAUUCUUACCGUCAAACUGACGGAUUAUUAUUUAUAAAUCAAGUUUGAUGAAGUGAUCACUGUCUACAGUGGUUCAACUUUUAAGUUAAGGGAAAAACUUUUACUUUGUAGAUAAUAUAAAAUAAAAACUUAAAAAAAAUUAAAAAAUAAAAAAAGUUUUAAAAACUGA